AUGUCGGCGGUGGCAGCGGCAGUCCUUUCUGGUCGACUGCGCACACCCAUCAUCACCACCAACAACCACCAACCGCAGUCCAGCACCUUCAAACACCAGCACAUCUCUCGCUUGCUUGUGAUGGAUCGUGAAAGCGCGCACGAGCUUGGUCCUGAUCCCGAAGAGCCAGUUCUGAGCGUGCAUGAGUGGGCACUCAUUGCACAGCAUGUCCUGACCUUAGAGGCUGUGGGUAGCCAAGGGGACUCGACAGCGCCCGAUCAUGUGCGAGCGUGCCUGCGCGCUUGCUUCAACCUGAUGCUGACCUGUCGGCAUUUGUAUCAUGCUCUGCCCUUCAUGAUGCCAAAGUGGUGUUUGGCAGAGCCACUGCGGCGGCUGAAAUGGCGAAUCUUCGAAUCAAAUGCCAUGCACUGGCUAGAUGCGGCCGUUGACGUUGGCUGCCACAGCGACCAAGACCGGGGCGCUUGUGCACACACUCCAGCAACGGAUGCCAGAACGGCGGAGAGCGCAACCACAAGGAGAACAGCCACAAGCACAACAGCCACCACAGACAUGUCUGCAGGAGGGUGCUGUUGGCUGGAGGAGCGGUUCCUCGCCCACGCUUGGCUGGGCUGGACAUGGAGCUGCGACUGCCCCUUCCUCAAGGCCAAGGCACGCUCGCCAGCGUUCUGUGCACGAUUUGCUGUGUGCGGCCGUGUCCGAUUCGACGCACUCGUGCACAUGGCCGAGUGGAUCAACUGCAACGUGCGAGACAGCGCGAUUCAGCAAGGGGGCGAUGACGCAGAUGGUGGAGAACGAAGCUAUGGUGACAGUGUUGGUGCCAGGGAUGAUUUUGCCGUCCCUGACACAAAUGAUGCAAGUGACGCAAGCACUGCUACACCAGAAGCAACGGGACGCAACAACACCACGCAGGAAGAAGAGAAAGAAGAAAUAGAAGCAGCAAAACAGGAAGGGGAAGGGAAGGAAGAAGUGGACGAGGCACCCAGCGCCAGCAGCACACGUCAGGCACCCAGCACCGGCAGCACAGCACCGCCACCCAAGCAACGACAGCUCUUCCCCGCCCUCAUCACACUCAAGGCCAACAUCAAGGACCAAGCAACACUGGACGCGUUUGCACGCUUGCGCAGCGAGUUGAACAACGUGGCCAUUGAUCAGCUCAGGCUGUUUGUCACGUCAUCGCUCGAGGAGGUGGACAUUGCCAACGCGCGAUUCGUGUUUCUGCUGUGCGAGCACGCGUCUGCGCCAGUGGUGGUCGCACGCGCAAGCUUCCGCAACGUGGCGAGGGUUGCGUGGUACCCGGAUCGGGCACAGCGCUCCAUUACCGGCCUGUUCUCAGGUGUCGGCGCUGUGGAACUGCACGGCGCCUUUGAAGGCUCGUUUGGCGUGUCCGAUGUGUCUGCCCUGGCCGGCGUACCCGAUGUUCAGCUGACACGGCUGCCCAGCUUGCACGACGUCUCACCACUUUGUGGCGCUGACAAGGUCCAUCUGCAUGCCGUCGGUGUGCGGGACAUGUCGCCCCUGGAAAACGUCGCCCACGUGACCAUCUCCUCCUGCAACCAGCUGCAGAUACCAGAGCGUGGCUUGAAGCUGGGCGCGGCAACCGUGCACGUCUUGAACCUGCCGUCGCUUCGCGGUGCCCUGCUCUGCCCACGUGCGGACGACGUCUCAGUCGUCAGCUGCCCUAGAGUCUCGCUCAUUCGCUGCAGCGCGCGCCCGCGACGCCUCUGCAUAUGCGCGUGCCCGUCACUGGAGUGCAUCCCUUCGUUUGAGCACGUGGACGAGCUGACACUUGAUGCACCGGCAGACCGGGACCUGGUGGCGUCGUUGCGUUGCCGCGUGGACAACCUCACCAUAAGCACACAUCGGGGCGGGGCAGUGGCCACGCUGCGACACGUGGCCGCGCUCCCCGCCACCAGCGUGCACCUCAGUGACUGCAUUGACAUGGAUGUGAUGCAGGCCAUCCCGCCGUGUGUGAAGCACAUGAGCGUGCGGCUACCGCGCCCGUUGGCGCUGGAGUCGCUGCGAGGCCUGCGCACUCUGGACAUCACCUGCGACCAGGAGGUGGUGCUCUCCUCCAGCCACGUUGAAGGGCUGCGCCGCGUGCACACGCUCACCAUGAGGGGCGCUCACUUGAACGGUGUGGCGUUCCACUGCUUCAAGCAUCUCAAGCUUGGCAACUGCAGCGGCAGCCUGAGCGUCAGCAACGUGGAUACCUUCCUGUGCGAGCACCAGCAGCAACAUGCGCCCCUCUCUGUCUUGUCCAUGGCACGCGUUGGCCAGGCGCAGUUCCGAGCCAUGUCCACGCCACCCAUUGACGUUGGUGAGACGCACCACGUGCACCUGCUCUCGAUCGUGCGCGCAGUGGUGGCGACCGACCGGUGCGCGGGCUUUGCUGGCGCACAUCGCCUGCACCUCCGCAACUGCAAAUUCCGCAGUGCUGAUGGCGGUGGUGAUGGUGAUGGUGGAAGCCAUGCUGCUCGUGCUGGAGAUGAUGGUGCUCAUGUCGUUUGUGGUGAUGUGAGCUUCCUGCCGCCUGUCCCAAUCCUGUCGAUCAAGGGGUGUCAGUUGUGGGACGGCACAAUCUGGCCAUCCAUAACCAGGAUACGAUAGUGCUCGUGGUGCUGUGCCGUGGUGUCGUCUUGUGGCGUCUUGUGUCGCGUGUAUGUUGCUGGUGGGAUUGUAACGCAACGUAAUGUAAUGUAAACACGUUUAUGCGCAGGGGUACAUUUCAUUUUAGCGUGACUUUAACGCCACGACAGCAGCGGGCAUGAGAGGAUACAGGCCAAGGAACUACAGCCACAUCGGCCUGCUCCAUCCAUCCAUCCAUCCAUGCACAGACAGGCGGACAGACAGA